GUUUUGAAUGUUUAUUCGAACAACAACAAAAGAGAGGACCUAAACCUGGUAAAAAAGUUAAAUCGAAUACACGCUGGGACGAUUUUCAAAAUUUAAUUAAUAAAUUUGUACAAGAAGCUCGUAAAUUAGAUUAUAACGUAAAUAGAAUAAUAAUUCUCCCAAGCACUUCAAGUACACCAAAUGAUACAUUACAAAAUUCAUUACAAAGUUCAUUACAAAGUUCAUUACAAAGUUCAUUACAAAGUUCAUUUCAAAGUUCAUUACAAAGUUCAUUUCAAAGUUCAUUACAAAGUUCAUUUCAAAGUUCAUUUCAAAGUUCAGAAAUAAAUUUGCGACAUCUUACAUAUUUGGGAUCAACUUCACUCAUGGAAGAAUUGGAUCAAACUUAUUCUCCGGAAUUUCCGGGAUUCACGACUACAUUCCCUUCCUCAAUCAACUAUGAAGGAUUAAGUAGCCAAUUAAAUUCGGUGCCUGAUGUCUAUACUUUAGAUGAUGAUAAGAGCCAAUGUUUUACAAACAACAUAUAA